GUCGCAACUGUCAUCAUAUUAGAUUCAUCAAUCACAGACUGGGUACGAGUCUAACUGACAAUAUGGCUUAGCUCUGUCGGUCUAGUUGACUGGAACAUGGAUGCCAACAACUUCCUUGCGGACAACGUUCGUUUUUUCAACCAUACUCUGCUCGCCACUAUAAUUUUCUUCAUACAAGCCGGAUUUACGUUCCUGGAAGCGGGUUCCGUCCGUCCAAAGAAUACCACCAACAUUCUCUUCAAGAACUUCAUGAAUGCCAUCGUCGGCUGCUUGGCGUACUGGUCAUUUGGAUACGCUUUUGCGUUCGGGAGUGGAAAUAGCUUCAUCGGGGCUAGACACUUCUUUCUGUCGGAAGUCGGCAUUCGUGAUGCAUCACUUGUCAAUUGGUUUGUUCACUUUACGUACGCCGUCACUUCAGCUACCAUUGUCAGCGGCGCCCUUGCUGAGAGAACAGACUUUAGGUCCUACCUCUUCUUUACAUUUCUGUGUACAGGUUGGAUUCAGCCCGUUGUUACACACUGGGCGUGGACUGAAGAAGGAUGGAUGCGAGACAUCUACAGCUACAAUAGAACAAUCUCUAAUGUGACAUCCAUCCCUGUUACAAUCAGCUUUCAUGACUUCGCUGGAAGUGGUGUGGUUCACGUGGUUGGAGGGGUAGCGGCUGCUGUUGGUGCUGCUGUGGUUGGUCCCCGUCUCGGUCGAUUCAAUGAACGCGGCAAACCGGUCGAAAUCGCUGCAGUCACAACGACGAUGACUGCACUGGGAGGCAUGAUCAUCAUCUUCGGCUUUUUCUCGUUCAAUUUGGCGACUUACAAUAGUUUAGUGCACGAGGGUGAUGGCGCAGCUCACGGUCUCAUUGCAGUCAAUUGCAUUCUCUCGGGCAGCAGUAGUUGUGUGGCCGUUCUGGCAUACAACAGAAUUAGAGGUACACGUGAACGACAGUGGAGCCUCGUGUCCGCCAUUAAUGGUUGCUUGACUGGAAUGGUCGCUAUUAGUGCUGGCUCUAGCUCAAUUUAUCCUUACGGUGCAGUCACAGUGGGUGCAGUGGCUGGUCUUGUUCACAUUGGUAUCUCAAAACUAAUGCUAAGAUUGAAAAUUGAUGAUCCCUUGGAUGCAGUAGCAGUGCACUUUGGUGGCGGAGCGUGGGGAGUUUUGUCGGUCCCCUUUUUCGAGGUCAACCAAGGAGUAUUUUACGACGGAAGCAAACAUUCGGCGAUAUUCUUUGCUUGGAAUUUGUGCGGAUUUGUCGUCAUUACUCUCUGGUCGCUGCUGUGGUCUGCAAUCAUUUUUAUGUUACUGAAUUACUUUAAAGUUUUGCGAGUUUCUUCCGAAUCUGAACACAAAGGAUUGGAUCUUGAAAAGCAUGGAGAGAGAGCAUACGCCACUGGGUUGGUCCUAGAACGAAGUAUUACUCCAGUUAUACCUACACGUACUAUGUCUGCUACUAAAGGAGAUGACAGCACCUGUCGGCAGGAUUAUAGAACAUCAAAAGCGUCUGUCAAAAGCACUCAAAUCGACGGUAACACCAGUAGUAAAGGGAGUCAAAUCGGUAAAAGAAGCAGCAGGGUGAAAUAUGAAGACGUAGACGAUAUUACUACGAAACAUCUGAUGGGCUCAUUAGUCGACAAUGACACGGCUUCGUAAUAUCGCCUUUAGAUAAAUAUGAUCUAGAUGUGAUCAAUAUGAUAAAUUGGUCUAGAUAUAUAUGACGAUGAAUGCCCUAGACAGUAUAAUAGAACAUUACAUUUUACAGACGCUAAACUUAGAAAUGAUGAUUUCUAGUAUCUAAUUCUGAAUCAGGAUAUAGGA